AUGGCUCAGCACCAACGGGGAGUGUGUAGCCUCUACGGCACCCCCAGAGGGUGUCGCUUCGGCAACAGAUGCAAGUUCUCGCACGACCUGAGUGGGUCGAUAUCACCCCGGGGUCCGUCGUCGGGCCCAUCCUCGCCAUCGCGCAGCCGCUCCCAGACACCUGCCGCGCAGACACCCGGCCGCUCUCCCAGUGGGCGUGGACGCGGAGGACCUGGGUUGCAAGGUGUGCCUCGCAACGUCUGCCAGUACUUUUGGACGAGCGGGGCAUGCGAUAGAAGCUUCGAAUGCUCCUUCCGGCACGUCAGGGGCAAUGGUGCAACAGACGCCCAAGCUACCGCAGCACACCAGGACGAAGACGAGGACGGCGUAGUUGACUUUUUCUCACCGGAGGGACUAGCAGCAAGCGCCGGGUCCGUGCGCGAAGAUCGGUGGCACAAUCUGAACCCUAGCGAGGUCCACAAUCACUUGAAAGAAUUCGUCAGGCCCGGUUAUCAGUUCGACAGUGCCGCGCAAGUGCAGGGAUUCGUGCGACUUCUGGCUAGCGUGAAUGAUAGGAAUAAGGCUUGGACAACGGGAAGUGCGCAAGAAUUUCUCGAAUUUGUUGUAGGAGGAAACCUGCUUGUCAGACUUGGAGAUGCACUGCGCUUUGAGCCUGUGUCUGCAACCUACCACUAUGGAGUCCUCUCGUUCCAACGGGGAUACUUUCCCAUCUUCCAAUUUUUCUCUUCUGACCUCGUGCUGAAAUCUACUCUGCAUAAGAACAUCAAUCUCUUGUUCGCUGUUCUCAAGAACAACCAUGAAGUCGUCUUCACGACGCUACGAACGUGUCUCUUCUCAAUGAUCCAGAAUCGCUCUUGGAAAGACCCUAGCCCGAGUUUACACGAUGAGAACAUCCUUGACGGUGUAGCCGUCUUCCGGACGCUUGCGACUGUUUUCUUGCAGUAUUUCAAUCGGUACAAGGACGCUAUUCGCAGUAACUCCGACAUCCCAGACUUCAUCUCCCAGUUCUCGGAGUGGUUCGAUACUUGGGCUGACGGUGUCUCUAUCUCCCCGCCCCGCUUCGAGGAUCCCAUAGCUUCUGCCCCACUAAAUAACCGCAGGCUCACUGUCGGCCACAUACAGGAGGACAUCGACCGGCUGAUUGCGAUCGUUGAGCGCGAGACUGGCACCGUCUUGCGCCUACGUAAAGGUCCUCCGAAAUCUACCGUAACGGCAGCUCAACGCAGUCAGGCUCGCAUCGCACAGCUCGCGCAGACAUACGACCCUCCUGGCGUUCUGCGUCCGGGCGGGCCCCGACAUGACAACGACUUCCUCGACAUCGAGGAAAUCCGCAUCGCACCAACUCAUGACGAGUUGUUCUGCCCCGUGCAGCCGUACCUUCCUGUGUUCAGUCGCGAUGCUCCCCACCAUCUUCCCGCAGACUCCAUGGAGCGGCAUCUCGACAUCCAGUUCCGCCUUCUUCGCGAGGAGCUCAUAUCUGCAACGCGCGCAUCGUUAGCGGCCCUCCACGACGAUCUGCUCAAGAUUUGGGCCGGGAACCGCGCUAAGAAAGAUAAGACUCAAUUAGAGACCCUCAUCGCGAAGAACGGAGGCUCGUAUCGUACCACUGGGCGCGACUCGGUCUUCUUCCAGCUAUACACGAACGUCGAGUUUGUCGGACGCCCGCCGGAGGCUACGCGCAAGGGCGUAUCUGUUGGUCUCGUUCUCGACGCGCCACCGAAUGGUGCUGCACGCGACAAAGACUCGAAGAAGCGUGUCGCGUACUGGGAGCACAGCAGGCGCCUACAAGGCGCGAGCCUCGUCGCUCUCGUUGCUGUUGCGAACCGCAGCUUCCGGGUGUACCUCGGCGUCGUCUCAUCGUACGGCAAGGAUAUAUCAGAGUCAGCGAAGCACGAGCAAGGUCGCAUCCAAGUGCGCGUGUCGUUCUUCGAUCCCGAUGUCGAGUUGAUGGCGCUACGCCGCGACCGCUUGUGCACAAGCAAGUCGAACUUCGCCGUCCUCGUCGACAAUAGUGUUAUGUUCGAAUCAGUCCGGCCUUUCCUCGAUAAACUCCAGACCAUCGAGCCCACUGAGAUUCCAUUCUCGCGAUACAUCGCCUCCGGGGGGCCCCUGACGGACGUACAGGUCUUGCCACCCAAGUACGCCCAGGCGCCGGGGUUCAAAUUCAAGUUGCAGAGCUUAGCGCAGCCACGUCGAUCAAUUUCAGAUCUCGAUGUCUCAAACCCUCUUGCAGUGAGGAGAGCGCGUGACGAACUGAAGAGAUUGAGUAUCCUCGACCCAAGCCAGGCUGAGGCCCUCGUCGACACACUUACAAGAGAGGUGUCCUUGAUCCAGGGACCACCUGGAACAGGAAAGAGUUUCACUGCGAAGGAGAUUCUCCGCGUGCUCUUCGCCAGUAAGAUACGGCCGAUCGUUCUCAUCGCGUAUACCAAUCACGCGCUCGACCAUAUGGUCACCUCCGUCCUCGACGCUGAGAUAACGCAGAAGAUCGUUCGUCUUGGCACCCGCUCAGCAGAUGAACGUAUAGCGGAAUACACGCUUGACAAACUCGAGAAGCUCGCCUCGGAGGCCACACUGAACCGAUCCAUGAAGCGCCAGUACGCGAAAAUGAAGGAGCUCGAGGAAAGACUGACGAAGACCAUGAACUCCAUUCUGCUCCCUCUCCUCACAUGGGAGAAGAUAGAGCAGCACCUUGACAUCCACUAUCCGGACCAUGCGGAUUCUCUUCGAAUCCCCCCCUUCUGGAUCGCCGAGUUCGCGUCUCAGAAAUGGGCGGAGGAAGAUCAAGAAGGCGAGUUCCAAGAAGUGACCAGGAAGGGCAACAAGAAGAAGACCGUUGAUAAGACCGUGGCUCGAACUCUAUAUGGCGUUUGGAGAUCCGGAUCCGACGUCCACUUCUUACAGCAGCAGCCUGCAGCGCCGCCUACUUCCAAGAAGGGAAAACAAGUCACAGACCUGAGCAUACAAGCCCAAUCCCUCCUCGCCAACCCUUCAGCGUUCUUCGACUCUCUUGGCUUCGCAGGGCUGAUUCCACCCAUUCCAGGCAAGAACCGACCUCUAGACGAGCUUCUUAGGGACCCAAGAUUGUGGCAGAUGUCGCUUCUCGAGCGUGCUCGCUUGGCCGAUGAGUGGGAGAAAAAAAUUCGCUGGCUCGCAUAUACAUCGCAACAGGACCACUACAAGAGCCUCAAGGAGGAAUACAGAGAGGCAUGCAAGGAGCAUGAUGAUAUGCGCGACGAGGUUCGACGCCGUCUUCUCAGCCAGACGGACUUGAUUGCAUGUACCACUACUGGAGCCGCCACUUUGACAUCCCUCUUGAGCAGCAUACAGCCGAAGGUGUUGAUGGUGGAGGAAGCUGGGCAGGUUCUUGAAGCUCACAUUCUAACUUCGCUGGUUACAUCCGUUCGACACUUGAUUUGCAUCGGAGACCCUCAACAACUCAGACCUACGAUGGCGACCUUCACUCUCUCUAUGGACAGCGGGAUCGGAAACGAGCUCUACAAAUUUGAUCGGUCGCUGAUGGAGCGCCUCUCGGACGUGGGGUAUCCUAUGUCUCAAAUCAACGUGCAACGUCGCAUGCGUCCAACGAUCUCACAUUUCAUAAGGGAGAUUCUCUACCCCAAGCUCGAGGACAACGAGAUUGUCACCCGAUAUCCUCCGGUCCAAGGUAUGCAGAAGGAUGUCUACUUCCUCAACCACCUCAACAAGGAGAAUGGCACCGAAGACUCUGUAUCGAAGUUCAACACGUAUGAGGUCGACAUGAUCAAGGAUCUUGUUCUGUACUUCUUGCGCCAGGGAGCAUACAGCGGACCAGGGGAUAUCGCCGUGUUAUGCGCGUAUCUUGGACAGCUGCAGAAAGUACGUGCGGCUCUGCGGGACCUCAAGAUCGCCGUUUCCGUCGAUGAGAGAGACGCAGACCAGCUCGCACGGCAAGGACUCGAUGAGGACGUUGAGUUUCAGGAGGUCGUUGUCGCGAAGCAUAUACGUCUUGGGACCGUAGACAUCUUCCAAGGCCAAGAGGCAAAAAUUGUCAUCGUCUCGCUUGUACGCAACUCGGGACAAAUCGAUACGGAGUCUGCAUCCAUAGGUUUCCUCAAGAGCGCGAACCGUAUCAACGUAGCUCUUUCCCGAGCGAAACAUGGACUAUUCGUAUUGGGCAACGCGGCGAAUCUCCGGAAGAACCAAAUAUGGUCCACGAUUCUAGACGAAAUGGAGAGUAGGGAUCAGAUUGGUCCUGCAUUCCCCAUUGUUUGCCCUCGUCAUCCCGAACAGGUCCAACUGGUGUCGAAGCCUGGACAACUCCCGCUAUACGCUCCAGCUGGCGGCUGUGUACUGCCUUGCAAUGCUCGGCUUGCGUGUGGACACAUCUGUCCUUCUGCUUGUCACGCCGUCCUCGACAACCACCGCAGCGUGAGGUGUAUGGAGCCUUGCAAUCGGACUCCCUGUCCUCGUCAGCACCCUUGUUCCAGGCGAUGCUCGGAUGACUGCGGCAGAUGCGAGUUUCCUAUGUACUCUGUCACCCUCCCCUGUGGCCAUACAGCUUCGAAGGUGCCAUGCCAUAAGCUUCAGGACCUUUAUUCGGUCCAGUGUACGAAACAAGUACUCAAGAAACUACCUGGCUGCGAGCAUUCUGCGAUCGUGGCAUGUCACGAGGACCCAGCCAACGCGUGGUGUUCGGAGCCCUGCGGAGGGAAGUUACAAUGCUGCUCAAGGACGUGCAAGGCGUCGUGCUCCGACUGCAGGUCGUUGACUGUCCAACGCACUCAGCCAGCAGUGGGGAAAAUGUCUCGCACUUACCACAUUGGCCAUCCAUGCGAGCGGCUGCUCUACUGUCAGCACCAGUGCGGCUUGGAUUGCGCUCGGGAGCAUCAAUGUAACACCAAAUGUAGCCAGACAUGUCGACAGCAAUGCGUACACCAUAAGUGCGCGAAGCCGUGCUCCGAACCAUGUGCUCCGUGCAUGGAGCCGUGCCAAUGGUCCUGCCCUCACUUCACGUGCCCUGUCCUCUGCGGCUCGAUCUGUUCUCGACUUCCUUGCGAUGAACCAUGCAUGAAUCUGUUGAAGUGCGGACAUCUUUGUCCCUCAGUUUGCGGGGAGCCAUGCACGAGUCAGAAGUGCGUUGUGUGCUUGUCGGCCGACGGGAGAGCGGACAUCGUGGACUUCAUCAUGCAGCGCCGUCUGGAGGACGUGGAUUUGAGCUCGACGGAUAUCAGCGAUCGUCUCAUCACUCUCGCAUGUGGGCACAUCUUCACUGUGGAGACUCUUGAUGGGCACUGUGGUAUGCAUGACUACUACGACAUCGACCAGAUGGGCCAAUUUCUCUCCACCAAGUCACCGCCGGUCAAUUACCAGACUCCUCCGACUUGCCCUACCUGCCGAGGGCCAAUUACGGCUCUACGCUACGGUCGGAUUACGAAACGCGCCACGCUGGAUAUCCUAGAACAGAAUGUCGCUAGCACAAUGUCCAGCGCCCUCGACGAGUGCAGCCCACUUAUCUCCGAAUACGCGAACAACAUCUCAGACUACCAACAGCAGGCAAAAAAGCUCGCGACCGAGGCUGGAAACGAAGAUGAGUCGACUAAGCGAAAGGAGAUUUCGUUCACCGAGAACGGCCCUCUUCCGGCCAGCGCUUUUGACCUCCAAGCUAUGCAGGAAGUGCAUGGCAUUCCCCAAGAAGAAGCUCGCGCCUGGUACCAGGUCGUCAAAACUCUGGUCAACACAUAUCGCCGUGUUGCGAAGGUCGCCGCUACUCGUGGAGCCCACGUCAAAGCUUACGAGGCUGCUCUAUCCACACUCUUUCGUCUCGAGAUGCAGGCGAUCGCCGAAGAUCCCGCCAGAGCCACAGACACACCCGAGCCCAUGGCGUUAGUCAUCGUUGACCGCAAGAUCGGGCAACCACCACCGAAGGCGGACGUGCGGUUCCAGAUUGAAGCUUACUUCCUAUCCCUGGAGCUGCGCUCGCUUAUGGCCGAGAUUGCGCGGUCUCGCAUCGAGGGCUUGUCGGUGACCUCCAACGACCCAGACGUCACGCAACAUCGCGAAUUAUGGACCCUGUUCGUCAGCUUCUUGUACGACUCAUGCAUCGCCGAUGCCGACAAGGCGAUCAACAUCGCCAAGAACUCUUCCGCCUCUCGCCAGGCAGCGCGCGCUACUGUUCAUAAACUGCGUUUCGCGUUCGAGGCGUUCAGGUGGACCAUUCUCUGUGAACGUUCUGCUCUCUUCCGCGCCGGGGCCCUUGAUAAGGCUGAGCGCGAGAGGCUCUGCCGUAAAGUGACCAACUACAAGCGCCUCUUGCCACAAAUUUCGAACCUCAUCGAGCAAACGUACAUCCGCUCGCGGCCGUCACAAACCACAGCAGACUUGAAGAAGGAACGUCAAUGGAUGAACGAGAAUUGCCGUACCAAAGUCGAGGCGUGGGAGCGUGAGUGCACGAAGCUGGAGGAGUUUGUCGAAAAUGGCGGUUUCUAUCAGCCGAUGUCAACCCAGGAGCGGGAGGAGAUUGUCAAAGCCUUCGGAUUCUCGCAUCGAGGUCACUUCUAUAAUUGCGAGAACGGACAUACCUUCGUCAUCACAGAGUGUGGCGGCGCGAUGGAAGAAUCCAAGUGCCCGGAGUGCAAUGCGCCUAUCGGAGGAUCCGGUCAUCGUCUGACCACGAGCAACACUCGCGCAACUGAGUUCGAAGCGAUCGCUAGGCGACAAGGUUCACUCAAUGGCGUGUUCGAUUGGACGCGGGAUGCUUGAAGCGGACUCGAAGUGUUCAUUGUGCUUGGUGGAUAGGGCUAUACUGUCGCAGGACGCCCCUUAGUUGCAGCUCAUGGACUCAGUAUAUGAAAUAUAUAUAGAGGCAGUGUGGACAGGGAGGUGGUCCCUGAUGUUGAAACUUUGUGUUUGUGGCGUUGUACCAACAGAAGUCGGAGUUGAGGUCUUCAGUAUACGGCAUGCGCCUAUCGUUGACCCCCCUCGCAUAGUCAGUACCAUAGAAACGAACAACAUAGCAUGAUC